AUGUUUUGCCGUGACCUGUGUGCCCCACCGCAGUAUUACGUGGCAACAGCCCCACCUAAGACAGCCAACUCCAGCCAAGGUACGGGAUCUUCGAGGCAACAACAACGCCAGCCAUGGCACAACCGCCCACGACAGCAGCAGAGCCGAGCGCUAUCGUACCGUUUCGGCGUGGGGCAGUCGUUGGGAGGAGGGGGGGAUGUGGACGACCCCUGGCCAGUUUCCCAUCCCAACUCGUUCGUCAACGUGUGCCCUCAGGGGUCCCGCAUGGUGGUGGAGCGGCUAGGCAAGCUGUCGUCGAUCGAGAGACCAGGGUGGUUCAUCGCCAUCCCCGUGAUCGACAAAAUAGCCUACCGGAAAGAGGUUGACAUGCGCGAGAGGAAUAUAAGCAUAUCUCCCCAGGCGGCCAUCACCAAGGAUAACGUGAGCGUGGAAGUCUCCGGCAACUUGUACGUGCAGUUCGACGACCCCGAGAAGACCAUUGACCACGCGUCCUCGAGAGGAUGGAGCAUUGUUCCCACAGGACCGAUCACCGAUGGCCAAUCGUCCCUUUCUACUUUGCCAAAGGCGGCGUACGGCUCGGCCAAUCCCCUCUACGCGGUAAGACAGCACGCGCAGUCCAGCAUGCGUGCGUCUAUCGGGGAGCUGGAGCUGGACGAGAUUCUGCACGCGAGGGCACAGCUGAACUCGAUGAUCAAGGACACCCUCCAGUCCGCGGCGGAUGCGUGGGGCAUGGAAGUGAAACGGUACGAGAUCACGGAGAUCACUCCAGACGCACAGAUCAGCGAGGCGAUGGACAAGCAAGCGGCGGCGGAGCGGAUCCGUAGGGAGCGAGUGCUGACAGCCGAGGGCGAGAAGAAGGCGUACACCCUGCAGUCGGAGGGUGUUAAGAUCCAGCUCAUCAAUGAGUCGGAGGGAAAGCUCAUCCAAGUACAAAACGCCGCGAAGGCGGACAAGGAGAGGAUCAGGCUAGAGGCAGAGGGCGAAGCAGAGGCCCGCCUGGUGAAGGCGCAGGCCGAGGCCAAGGCGCUGGCGGUGGUGGCGGAAGCCCUGAGAGACACGGCAGGGUCGGACGCGGCCCAGCUGCAGAUCGCCAAGCAGUACAUCGACAUGUACGGGGAGAUGGGCAAGUCGUCCAACACGAUGCUCUUCAGCGACCGGCCCGCGGACGUGAACGCUCUCAUCGCGCAGGCAUCUGCGGUUUUGAGCUCCGCUGGGGCCGCGUCCAAGGCAGCUGCAGGCCCAGAGCCCGGGCCACCGAAGGCAUUAUCUGGGGGCAGCUCCUCGUGAAUCCCUUUUUUGACUUGGUAAUAGAUGGUAGUAGAAGCA